AGAGGCGGGCCGCGAGGAGGCGAGCCGGCGAGCGGCCGCUCAGCUCACAGACGCCUGCCGGCCCUCCCGAACAGCGCAGCCGUCUGUUCCGAGACACAGUGGUGGUAGUGUUCGCCGCUGCAGAAAGCCACCCCGGGCGGCAUGGGGGUGGCGGAGGACUUCGCCCCGAGCUUCACGCAGAAGCCGCAGCUACGGCAGGAGGAUGAGGGCAACCGGCUCAUCUUCGAGUGUCAGCUGCUGUCGUCCCCCAAGCCAGACAUAUGCUGGUUCAGGGGCGACACGCAGCUCGCAGAGGACCACAGAACCGUGAUGCGCACGCAGGCGCUCGGCUCCAACAAGUUCCUCGUCGUACUCGAACUCGACGAUGUCAUCGAGAGCGACGCAGGCCUCUACAAAGUCAAGGCCAAAAACAAGAUGGGGGAGGUGGCUGCGUCCAUCAACCUCAAUUUCAGCCCGAUCGAUGAACCACGAGAAAAGCAAAUAGAUGGCAUUGCCCCAACUUUUUCAAAGAAACCUGCAAUACGACAAGAAGAAGAUGGGAAGCGGCUUCUGUUUGAAUGUCGAAUUCAAGCUGAUCCCCGACCAACAGUAACAUGGUCUCACAGUGGUACUGUUGUGAAAGAAUCACCACGACACAGGCUGUCUGUUGAAAAGGAUGGUCAUUCCUACUUUGCAACACUUGAAAUUAAAAAUGUCACUGUUGAGGAUGCUGGCAAAUACAAAGUGACAGCUAAAAAUGAAUUAGGAGAGAGUAACGCAACAAUAAGCCUGAAUUUUGACAGCGAUGAAGCACCUGUACCUGAGGAUGGAAUCAAGCCAACCUUCACAGAGAGACCUGUAAUAACGCAGUCAGAAGAUGGUGCAAAAGUUACAUUCGAGUGCCGACUUGUAGGCGACCCAAAACCUACUAUAACAUGGUACCAUGGCAAGAAAAUGAUAAAGGAAGCUGGGAGAUAUAAGAUGUCUCUUGUACAAGAUCAGAAACUAUAUUAUUUAGCCAGGUUAGAAAUUAGUUCAGUGGAAACUGAAGAUGGUGGUGAAUACAAAGCUGUAGCAAAAAACAAACUUGGUGAAGGUACUGCUUCCAUAAAUUUGAAUUUUGAAGGAGGUGAUAAACCAAAGAUUCCUGAUGGAAAAGCUCCCCGUUUUCCAAAGAAACCAACAAUACGUCAAGAGGGCGAAGUGUUAGUCAUGGAAUGCAUAUUAGAAGCAAAUCCUGUUCCUGAGAUAACUUGGUACCAAGGUUCCAAGAUAAUUUCAGAUAGCAACCGUGUUCGCAUGUCUCGGAAAGCUACAGGCAAAGACACAUAUCUGUUGACACUAGAAAUUUCCGGUCCUACGAAGGAAGAUGGUGGGAACUAUCGGUGUAACGCCUUCAAUAAUUUUGGCGAGAGCAAUGCAAAUAUUGCAUUGAACUUCCAAGGUGGAGAUGAAGGUGGAUUUGCUCCUUCCUUCAUAGAAAAGCCAAGAAUUAUUCCAAAUGAAACUGGUACUCUCAUCACAAUGAGAUGUAAAUGUAAAGCAAAGCCAAAGCCUCAAGUUACUUGGUACCGUGGAACAACAGUUAUCAAAGAAUCAUCUAAAAUUAAGAUACGGACUGUUGAUAAAGAAGAAGAUACCUAUGAACUCACUCUGGAGAUUAAGGAUCCAACUGGACCAGAUGGUGGUAUUUAUCGGUGUCAUGUGAAAAAUGAAUUUGGUGAAAGUAAUGCCAACUUGAAUCUCAACAUAGAAGCAGAGCCUGAACCUGAAGGGGAUGGUCCAACUUUCAUUGAAAAACCACGUAUUGUCUCGGAACAAGGCGGAAAACUUGUCAUCAUGGAAUGUAAGGUCAAAGCAAACCCAAAACCAACAAUAGUAUGGUACAAAGAAGGAAAAGUUGUGAAAGAAUCUUCAAAAAUUUCAAUGAAGGUGGACCAGAAGGGUGACACAUACCACAUCAUUCUGGAAGUGAGGGAUCCUCAAUUGGAAGAUUCUGGGCUGUACAAAUGUAACAUAAAGAAUGACCUUGGAGAACUAAAUGCAAACCUGACACUCAACAUUGAAAUUGUUCCUGUUAUCAAGGAAAAGCCAAAGGUUAUUAAGAUAGUGAAAAAGAAGACUGUGAUUAUUGAAUGCACAGUGCAAUCAAAGUUUGCACCCAAGUGUACGUGGUUCAAGGAGAGAACAGCAGUCAAGGAAGACAACAGACGUUCUGUGCAUGUGGAGCAAGUGAAAGAGGGAGAAUUUUCUGUGAAACUGGAGAUUGCAUCGUGUUCAGAAUCAGACAAAGGUACUUACAAGUUGGUUGCAAGAAAUGAAAAGGGAGAGGCAACGUCACAGACUGUGGAAAUUAUUGACAUUCCAGUAGAGGAGGAGGAAAAGGGUCAACCACCAGAGUUUGCUCUUGGUCUCCGCUCUAUUAGCUCGGAAGAGGGAAAAUCUAUUGAAUUUGUUGCAAAGCUGGUUACUAUUGACAAGAAAGUGAAAGUUACGUGGUACAGGAACACGACAAUAAUCAGAGAAUCCUCUGAAAUCAGCACGAGCUUUGAUGGACAGUAUAUAAGAUUAUCAAUCUCAUCAUGUAAAAAAGAACAUUCCGGUUCAUACAAAGUAACUGUUGCCAAUGAAUAUGGAAAAGCAGACUCAUCAGCGGAUCUUAAAGUGAUAGAAAAGAAGAAAGUUGAAGAGAAGAAAAAAGAAGAGGAAAAGAAGGAAGAGAAGCGUGUGGAGAAGAAAGUUGAAGAGAAACCAGAACCAGAAAAGCAUUGUAAUAAGACACCACUAGCUGCUUUGUGGUAUGGGCAUCCACACUGCAUUACAUUUGACCUCCAAUAUUGGUACUGGGUAUGGGCUUACAUUUAA